GGGCGGGGAGGGAGGAAAACUUCCUGGCCCCGGCUACCGGCGGCUCUUUUCCACCGGCCCUCCGAGCCCGCCUCCCGGUGCCCGGCGCUUCCCCUCCCCUCCCCCGGCUCCCUGAGUGUCCGCCAUGGCCAAAGCCUACGACCACCUCUUCAAGUUGCUGCUGAUCGGGGACUCGGGGGUGGGCAAGACUUGUCUGAUCAUUCGCUUUGCAGAGGACAACUUCAACAACACGUACAUCUCCACCAUCGGGAUCGAUUUCAAGAUCCGCACCAUGGAUAUAGAUGGGAAGAAGAUCAAACUGCAAGUCUGGGACACCGCUGGCCAAGAACGAUUCAAGACGAUAACUACUGCCUAUUACCGCGGAGCCAUGGGCAUUAUCCUAGUCUACGACAUCACAGAUGAGAAAUCCUUUGAGAAUAUUCAGAAUUGGAUGAAGAGCAUCAAAGAGAAUGCCUCAGCUGGGGUGGAGCGCCUCCUGCUGGGGAACAAGUGUGACAUGGAGGCCAAGAGGAAGGUGCAGAAGGAGCAGGCCGAGAAGUUGGCUCGGGAGCACGGAAUCCGGUUUUUUGAGACUAGUGCCAAGUCCAGUAUGAAUGUGGAUGAGGCUUUCAGUUCCCUGGCCCGGGACAUCUUGCUCAAGUCAGGAAGCCGGAGAUCGGGAAGCAAGUCCUCCGGCACUGACCUGAAGACCUCUGACAAGAAGAACACCAAGUGCUCCCUGAGCUGAGGACUCCUCGCUGCCUCCACACCCUAAGCCUAGAGGUUGAACCUGAGGGAAGCGGGCUGAGGGGCUGGAUGGGGGAGAGAUGGUAGGUGGUGCUUGGGGAAGUAAAGAUGGGGAGAUGGGGAGAGGGCAGGGAGAAAAUGGAGAAG